UGGAGCUUCUGGUCGGCAACCUCCCCCGCUUGCUUGCUUGUCGCAAAGGUGCCCCUGCCCAUAGGACAACGACGACCACUCAAUCGAUACCCCCAUCUGCCAAUUCUUGCGCCUUUGUAAUUUGAGAUUGCCUUCAUCGCAACCAUGUCAGGCAGAUUUGCUUUCAACAAAGGCUUGAAGGAGGUCCGCUUCCUGUUCUGCCAGACGGGCGAGCACAGCGCUGCCACAAGAUCAUUCCUCCUCCGAAACUACCCUGCCAUGAAGAAGGAUAACCCGGCGACACCGGUUUUGAUUCGAGAUGCGUCCGGCACGCUACCCAAGGUCUAUGCGAGAUUCGAGUUCGGUAAGGAGAAGAGUCAGUCGUUGGAAGGUCUGUCCGACCAGCAAAUCGAGGAGACGGUAUCAUCCCUCGUCAAGAACAACUCUUGAGCUGGGAAGUGAGAGGAGCCGUGAAGCAUGUCUAUGACACCAGCAUCCUUGACGCUACAUAUAACCCGCUGUGGUGGCAUAAUGAAACCCGCAACCCCUUCGACGCAACCGAUGGAUGGGUACGAUUGUUGAAUUCAUCGAGAAAGUUACCGCUUCAGUCGCCAAAUUCUAGGCUCACAGGUCUUUAAUGAUAUUAUACUCUGAGAUGAGGAAUCGCAGUUAUCAUUGAGGCAAUGCCCACCACCUUAGAGAAGCGAUUUGGAAACACUUAAUACAGCUCCGCAACUUUGCC